AUGAAGAUACAGUAGUUUCGUUUCCGAUUGACCCAUUUAGCAACUCACAUUAGCAUCAGUUAAUAAUCUUUGAAUCCAAAAAUGGAAUUGGUCUUCCUUAAUUUAGCACUUUGCGUUUUUUGAUGGAUAAUUUCUGAUUCUUAGUCCAAGAAGCGAUACGAAACAAAGGAGCGUUGCUAGCUGUAAGCGUAGCAAAAUAGGCUAGCUGUUGUUAGCCACUUUGAUUUAGCUGGGCUGGCGGCGAUUAAAAUGAGCUGUCAAAUGUUGACUGCGUAGUAAAGUUGUUUGUGUGCUUUGGGCUGUUCGUAUUGGCUGGCGGGUUAUUAACGAGUGCUGGCUUAUUAACGCUUACACAUUUAGCUAUCUUAGCCUAGCUACGUCCAGCCUUGUAGCUCCCUUGGAUGUUCAGUGUGUCGGGAAGUGACUCUUCAGCUCCAUGUCUGCUGAGGCUUCAGUUGGCAGUCAUGCUGCCGACUCUGCCCAGUCUGCUGUUUCCCACUCCGCCUGCCACAGCACAGAUGAGCACAGAAAUCAGGGUCUGCUGGGGAGCAAGUAUGUCAAGUUAAAUGUGGGUGGCUCACUGCAUUAUACAACUGUCCAGACAUUAAGCAAAGAAGACAGUCUGCUGCGGAGCAUAUGCAAUGGAGGAACAGAGGUUACCAUCGACUCAGAAGGCUGGGUCGUGUUGGAUAGGUGUGGUCGACAUUUUGGGCUGGUUUUGAACUUCCUGCGAGAUGGUUCGGUACCACUUCCAGAGGAACACAGAGAGCUGGAUGAGGUUUUGAAAGAGGCCCAGUACUAUAGGGUCCAGGGACUGGUCCAGCAUUGCCUCAGUGCCAUGCAGAAACAAAAGGAUGUUUUUGAAAGUGUGUGUCGCAUCCCCAUGAUCACCUCAGCCAAAGAAGAACAGAAGAUGAUUGCUACUUGUAGAAAGCCGGUAGUAAAAUUGCAGAACAACAGAGGAAACAACAAAUACUCUUAUACCAGCAACUCUGAUGAUAACCUGCUGAAGAAUAUUGAACUUUUUGACAAACUUGUGCUACGAUUUAAUGGCCGGGUCCUGUUUGUCAAAGAUGUGCUCGGGGAUGAGAUCUGCUGUUGGUCUUUCUAUGGUGAAGGCCGCAAGAUCGCUGAAGUAUGCUGCACCUCUAUUGUCUAUGCUACAGAGAAGAAGCAGACAAAAGUUGAGUUUCCCGAGGCUCGAAUCUUUGAAGAAACCCUCAAUAUUCUCAUCUAUGAGAAUGGCCGAGGAUCUGGUCCAGGAGGCUUACACCUUUUAGAUUCAAGAGGCUCAGGUUCAUCGCUGGGAGCUGGCCAGUCAGAGGAAGAGGGUGCUGUGGGAGGGGACAGACGAGUAAGACGGAUCCACGUAAGGAGGCAUAUAAUGCAUGACGAAAGAGGGCACGGUCAGCAAACUGUCUACAAGGACUAAUAAUGUGAAAAUAUAGGGCAUAGGAGAGUUACUUGAGGUAUGUUUAUUUUUUUGUUGAAUGUUAGCAGAAUGAAAGAGAUGUCCUUGAUCAUAGCAAUAGCUUGGUAGUUAGUUAUUUCAUUAAUUGUUUUAGGCAUCACUGCAGAAAUAGAGAGGUUGAUGACUGAGUUGCAACUGAAGUAAGAGUCGUUUGGAGGUGAAAAAUGCUUCUGUUUACAAGAAAACAAACUGUGUACAUUAUUUAAAUAGGAAAUAUGUAAAAUUACCUGGGAAAUGUAACUGGCAUAAAUAUUACUUUGCAAAUAUUAAGGAACCCCCUGCAAGUUACUGAAAAGGUCUAAAACCCAACUCCCACCCCAAAGGUGGCUAAUUUAUUCCUAGAGCAGAUGGCCUACUGUCAAUGUAGGUGUUAAUGAUGUGCACUCGCAGCCUCUUCUGUGUUUGACUUGUAGGAAACACUGUGUCAGUCAGUUCAUUCAGGUUGUUAAACAUCUGUUGCCUUUUCCGAAGAUGGACUGAGAUGCUGGCCGACAGUGAGGAACAGAGGAUGGUGAAGUUUAGUUUAGAUAUCUUAACACUGGAAUAAAACUGAGUAGCCAUUUUUAGCAAGGUUGUCCAUGAAUGAGAUUGUUGAGCAGCUCAAUUUUCUUUAUUUAAAUUUUUACUGCUGUUGCUUCAAGAUGUUUUUUAUUAAUUAAUUUAUGAACUUAAUUUAUUGUUUGGUAUUUAACUUUUGUAUUGUAUGCAAUCUUUGUGUUAACUAGUGCUCAAGUGAGUUUUAAUUUUUGGAAUGACAUCUAUAGCACACAUCAGAUUUUGAAUUUACUCCUGUAAAUGACUAAAUCGUGAACUUACAUUUCAGUUCCAUGUUUCAAGAGGAACAGAGACCAUGUCUUUGAUAUUGUAUUUCAUUCUGAGCCAUGAUUUUUCACUUAUGCUUUAUGUCUUACACCAAACCACUGAAAUUUGUUCAAAGUAAUAGGCCAUAUAGUGAUGAUAAAAUAAAUUAAUAUUGGGUUGUAUUUUUAUUUCCCUCAGGGAGAGAAGUAUUUUCUUUCUAAUAGUCACCAGAGUCUUGUGUAAACCUAGUCACUCUGAAUACUGAAAAAAACAGUGAAUGAGAGCAAUAUGUAUCUCAGACCCUUUUAUAAAAUCACCUUGGAAUAUGCACUAAUAUAACUUCCGUCCAAUAGUGGUCAUGGGAAUGUUCUGAAUAAAUUACUUAUAAAAUUCAA